AUGAGAAGAAAAGAUGAUUCCCCUUGUUCUUCUAUUGACAGCAGCAGUCAUCCUUACCUCGCAUCCAUAACUCCCAUCUCACAACGGAAGAAGGAUCUCAGCACAGAGUUGAUGUUGGGACUCGGCAUGUCCCCAGGCUCUCCAAAUCAGCAGCAGUACUGCCAUUUCAGUUCCAGGUAAUACAACGGUAGACAUUUCGGAAUUAGAAACUCAGUCUUGUUCGGUGAAAUGUUAACUUGAAAGGUUUUCUUACUUUUUCUCCUUCAUUCGCGCUUUUUCUGUGGACAUCAGAGAUUACGAUUCAAGAUGGGUGCCGAGCAAUCCUAACCUUCAGCAACGGGCUACCUUCUUUGUCAAGGUGUACAUGGAGGGAAGCCUCAUAGGCAGGAAAUUAGAUCUCUUUGCACAAAACGGUUAUAAGGACCUUAUUAUAACCGUCAAAGGACUGUUUGCGACCACCAUUAAAUGUGAGAAAAGCUUCAUGUCCCUCGGUCGUGCAGCCUGAGUCGCCAUCUCAAUCGAUAUAUUUAUGCGGUAAGUACGUAUGCAUGCAUCAACUAACUUCUCCGUUCGAUUUCAUUGCCUUGAUCACUUAAUGAAGGUCUAGAUCCUGAUCAAGUAUCUACCAAGAAAACCCUUGUGCUAACGUAUCAAGAUAAAGAAGGGGAUUGGAUGCUGGUUGGAGAUGCCCCCUGGGAGUAAGAUAUCUCUGUCUUCCUGCAUAUAAAUCGGCAUAUAUCUGAUUAUACGUUAUAAUCAUACGCAUACUUAUUUGCUGCCCUUCUGAUUAUCAAUGUUUUGGCCAGCAUGUUCUUGUCAUCUGUGAUGAGGUUGAAGAUCAGGAGGGCCGACAGACUCUAG